AUGUAAUAUUACAUCCCAACCAAAGAUGUUUUGGGAGCACUUUCAGACGUAUUUUCCAAGUGCAACUACCAAUUUGAUAGCUCUAAGCGUUCUGAAUCAUUUGAAAAACUGGCUUCUGCUUUUUAGUCUAAACUCGAUACCAAUAAAUUCAAAAGCAAUUUGGAUAACUUGAUUUUAGAAAAAAUUUAGUCGCAAGAUGAAAAUGACGGUUCCCUAUAUCUAACCAGCUAAUGUAACGAUAUAUCAAACAAAAAUGAAUAACAAAUGACAGGGUUGUUAAAUUCAAUACCAUCGAAGGCUCCUCCUGAAACCUUUGAUCAAUAAAUACAAACUGAUACUUUGAUAUCUUCAGAAGCACCUGGAGUUCUAGUGGAUAAUGGUUGUUAAAUAAUAGUUGAAAAAAUGCCACAACCAAUACUGUAAUUGAAGAGGAGAGUGUAAAAAUAAAGAAUUAAAAUUAACUAAAUUUAUCUAGUCAAGAAGUCUCUAUUCAAGUUUAGAGUCUUUAAAUUAAAUUACAAUAAUUCAGAUUUUUCAUGUCAAGUAGAACAAUUGCAGGAAGACUCCUAAAAUAAUUUGUUAAAUUAAAGACUUGAAAAUAAUAGUGAUUAACAACAGUAGAGUUAUCAUUCAUCUGAUCUCAUUGACAAUUUGUAAAUUAUCCAUGAUUAAAUAAAUGAGGAGUGUGUAAAAUGUCCAUGUGGUAAGAGUUUUCUUUUGAGCAAAAAAAAACUAAUUGACGCAGAAUGUUAAUAUGAUAGGUCCCCUAAUACGAAAUAAUCGAUAAGAAUGAAUGAUUUGGAUUUGGAAUUAGAGGAGAAGUUUAAGCAUAUAAGGAUUAGAAGCAGAUGCAUGAGCCAAACCAAUUAAAUUAAUGAUAAGAUGUAAAUUAAUGAUGAAGAUUAAAUCACAUUUUUAGAAAAUGAAUUAUAAUUAAAAAGUGAAUUAUUAGAAACUAAAAAUUAAGCCAUUUUCAAACUGCACUCUUAGAUUGAAGAUUUGCAUAAAUUAAUUAUUGAUCAAAAGGAUAGUGCUAGAAAUCUCAACAAUUCAGAUUCAGAUAUCUCUAAUGAAAGAGAUGAUGGUAAAUAUGAAAAUUUGCAACUAUAAAUCUAAACUGGUACUGAUAUCCAAGAUCAACUAACUAAGCAGAUGAUAUAAUAUAGCGAAGAGAAUAGGAAUCUUUAGGAAUAACUCAGAGAUGUUAGAGACUAGAAUUAAGAUCUUAAGGAAGAACUUGAUAAAUUGACUAUUUAAUUAACUCAGUUAAAACAUUAUCAGGCAGAGUAAGAAGAAAAUAAAGCCAAAGAAAUAGAUAUCAUUAAUGAAGACUAUUAAGAUAAGUUAUCUAAACAAAAUAUGAUCAUUGAUGACUUAUAAUAAUAAAUUAGUAGUAUCUCAGGCAGCCCGAUGGGAUUAAAUCAAUUGUCUAUGCCUUAAACUAUGAAAUACAUUUCCUAACAAUAAUAAACUCUGGGAUCAGACUCAUAAUAAUCAAAAGGAUCAAAUUCUAAGACUUAAGAGGAAAAGCAAUAAUUUAUGAGAAACUUUAAAAAAAUGACUAGCAUGACAGCUGGAUUGAUGUCGAAUAAAUAAGACUAUACUACUUUGGGAGUCUUGGGUAAAAUGGAUUAGUAUAAAAGCUAAUAAAAAUUAGAAUCCUUUAAUAAACUUAAUUGA